AUGCUACAGACCAUUGUAUUCCUGGCUCAUCUUUUGGUUGGCGCACUCGUCUUUUCCGCCGCCGAGGACUGGUCAUAUUUGGAUGCAGUAUACUGGGCGGAUGUGACUAUAUUCACGGUUGGAUUCGGCGACUUUGCCCCCACAACCACCCUUGGAAGGGCCUUACUCUUUCCAUAUGCUUUGAUAGGCAUCAUCAGCCUGGCUCUCAUAAUCACGUCCAUUCGAACUAUGCUUAUCGAACGCGGUCGGCAACAAAUACACGCCCGUGUACAAGAAAGAGUCCGUCGUCGGGUCGUUCAGAGGGUGUGCCUCAGUGACAAAAACAACAUCCUGACGCCGGUCACCGUCGAUGCUGGAGCGACCGACACGCCGGCUCCCGAAUUAAAGCGAAGACGCUCUGAAUUUAACCUUAUGCGAGAGAUUCAGAGAAAGGCAUCUCGCCGGAGACGCUGGACCGCAUUCUUCGUAUCCGCUGCUUGCUGGAUCACGCUCCUCCUCCUCGGAGCCUUUGUGUUUUCGAAGUGUGAGAAGUCGUACGGGAACUGGACUUACUACGAGUCCUUUUAUUUUUCCUAUGUGGCGCUAUUGACCAUCGGCUACGGCGACUUCGCACCUACUUCCAACUCUGGAAGAUCCUUCUUCGUUUUCUGGUCACUGCUGGCGUUGCCUUCGGCCACGAUUUUGAUAUCCAGCGCCGGAGACACGGUUGGCAGCGUCAUACAGGACAUGACUAUCCUCCUUGGCAGUGUUACAAUUCUACCAGCAGAAGACGACUUUAACCAUAGCUUGAAGCGGUUAAUACAUCGCUUCACCUUCGGCCAAGUGUUCCCGCGCUCUCAUGGUACGAUUCACGACAUUGAGAGCCAUGGGCCUCCGAGGCGGACUCACACCCCCCGACCAUCGCACGUUUCACGUCUCAGAGAGCGCAAGAUGGGUGCAGCCAAGUGUGAUACGCCUUCAAAACUUAUCAAUUCCGCCACGCACUCCGAACGGUGGCGCGGGCCCGACCAAAAUCCCUUGCCCGUUCAUCAAACACACCUGGACAAUUUCCCAACUGGGCAUGACCUGAGUAUCUUGCUUGUUUCCGAAAUUGAGGAAGUGGCCAAGCAUAUCCGCGAGUCCAAAACGCGACGCUACACAUUCGACGAGUGGGCCUGGUAUUUGAGACUCAUUGGCGAACACGAGGACGAUCCAAGGUCUCACCGUAAGAUGCUGGCCUUUGAGAAUAGGCAACAAGUCUUCCAACGCAGAUACGAUCACAAAAAGUGGAAGAAGGGCAAAAUGCAGGCCAGGGCAGACGGCCUUGAGCAGCUACCAUCGAUUGUCGAUGAAGGUGAGCAGCGAAAAUGGUCAUGGGUGGACGACCAAAGCCCGCUGUCAGGAGCAAAAGAAGAAAGCGAGUGGAUAUUGGCUCAGCUGGUUCAUAAAUUGAAGGAGUCACUGUGGCUUACGAAGGAUAAGCUCGAUCGAGCGCCGUCUGAAUCGGCAUGA